AUGAAACAAUUCGCAUUCGUGGAGCACGCUGCUUUCGUUUACCCGGCGCUUCGACACACUCCGCGUCCAGAGAAGACUUGGAGUGCUUCACUCGCGUGCGGUGCGAUCCCAGGGAACACUGGUCAGGUUCCAGGCUCUCGGUUGUUGCCGCGCUGGAGACACCGUGGCCUCGGUCUGACAACCGGCGUACACAAACGCACUGCCAAAUACCGAUCUCACAGGGGUACAAGCUCCCUGCACUCCGCUCAAGAGAAUGCGAACUCGGCAAAGCCACUAGAGCCCGUGAGCGAGCACCGGCCGCUGCGCAUCAUUUUGGCUGGCCCGCCGGCUUCUGGAAAGGGUACCCAAGCUGCUCUUUUAGUUGAACGGUAUGGUCUCGUACAUAUAUCUACAGGGGAUAUGCUUCGGGCUGCCGUCGAAGCGGGCAGUGAGCUGGGCCUCGCUGCCAAAAAGUACAUGGACGCGGGGGAGCUUGUCCCCGACGAGCUUGUCAUAGGGCUCAUGCAACAGCGCAUGGCUGCGCCUGAUGUGCAGACAAGUGGUUGGCUCCUGGACGGCUUUCCUCGAACCGCUGCGCAGAUUGUAGCUAUGGAUGCGGCGGGUAUCGAACCUGACCUGGUGAUCAGCUUGGAUGUGCCCUUCGAGAUCCUCAAGGAGAGGGUCUCCGGUCGCCGGCUGGAUCCGGAAACUGGUCGGAUUUAUCACCUGCGUUUCGAUCCACCGCCAGCGUCGGACAAAGCCCUUUUAGAUCGUCUCAUCCAGCGUUCAGAUGAUGAUGUGCAAAAGCUUGCCGUGAGGUUUGAGAACUACCGGGAGAACGUGGAUGCGCUAAGGCAACGAUAUGGCGCGAUUAUGGCGGAGAUCGACGGGCGUCGCUCAAAAGAGCAAGUCUUCGAAAAUAUUACCCGUGCAGUUGGCAUGCUACGAAUGCGACGUAGCUGGCAGAUGAAGCGCUCGAGGCCGCCAAGAAUCAUCCUCCUUGGACCACCGUUAUCGGGAGUGGAAAAGUACGCCGCGAGGCUCUGUAAAGAUCUCGGCUGUAUCCGCAUCUCUACGGAACAAGUCAUUCGAGAUGCAGCAGCAGCAGAGCAGACGAGAACGGGUCUCAUGAUCCGGCAGCAUUUGGAGAAUAACGAGUUGGUGCCGGAUCAUCUGGUCGCUCAUGUGCUUGGGAAGCGCCUCGCCGCCGCAGAUGUGGAGCAACACGGAUGGCUGCUCGACGAUGUGCCGCGACGUAUCAUGAAAGCCAGUUCGCUACUGGAUGCAGGUAUCGAACCUGAUCUCGUUUUGUUGCUCUAUUUACCACAUGAAGAUCUGGAAGAACGAAUGGUUCAACGUCUCUGGGACCCGGAAACCGGUCGCUACUUCCAUGAGAAAUAUGAUCCGCCCUCAGCAGAUGAUGCAGCCCUCAGAGCGCGAUUGAUUCACCGCACCGAUGAGGAUGAGAAUCUGGCGCGAUGGUUACUCGGAACGUACUACGUCGUAGAGUCAGAGCUUGAGGCUCAAUACGCCGGUAGAAUUGUUCAGAUCGAUGGGCUUGCCCCCGACGAGGAAAUUUACAAGCAAAUGACAGCGGCAAUAGAAGCGCGAGGGAUUCCUCUGCUGUCCGACUUGACACGCGCCACCUUCGAGGACCUGGAACUCGGGAGUGCAUUCAUGGUGCUCUACCGUGAUCCCAAGCCCGCCACAAUCCAUGAAGUCCGUUGGCGAGGCAAAGGCGCAUGGCCAGACCUUUUUACACGGCCACUGCUUGCGAUUGGUGAUCUGAUUGCGCUCUUGGUUGCGAGUAGCGUGUUGCGUCUGCUUUAUGGCGGCAGACUCAUCUUGGAUGCGAUCGUUUGGAAAACAGCUGCACCGUUUAUCAUUGUGUGGAUCGUUGGCGCCCCGUACAUAGACGCUUUCACGCAGAAUGCCCUUCGAGAUCGCCGGGAAGCUUUGCUAUCUCUAUUUCGAGCCUGGCGAGUCUGCAUGCCCUUUGCGGUCUUUGUUCGAGCGCAGUCCAUGGGCUUCGCGCCACCUCUACAUUUCAUCGUCGCGUUGCUUCUGCUCACCUACGUAUUCUUGGCUCUGUGGCGUCUCUGUUAUGUCAUUUUUCUACAGGGCGAGUAUGAUUCAGAGGGUAAUAGGACGCUGAGCCUUCGGGAUUUGGGGCCAUGGCGUCGACCAGUCGACAGGGGGGCGCCCUAUCCCGGCAGCGUUCGUUCCCAGACGCCUCCGUUGACCGACUCUUCAUUGUUUCGCGAAACUCUAGGACCAACGUGA